UUCUUUAUGGUUUUCUAGUCAGAACAAUAGCAACUAUACACAUUAGUGUCAGUACUCCCAACUCAUUAAUUUAACUUGGUCGAAAUUAGUAACAGAAAAAACACUAUCAACAUGAAAUCAUCCGUGGAAUCUUCACGUUCGAAGAUAAAUCUAUUGGAACCAAAGACUUAUACCAUGACUGAGUAUCUGGAGAAGAUCAACGCCCUGUUCCCGCUGCCGACGAAGCCGGAUCAUAUGUGCCACGAUGAGUUCAUUAAGCAACUGCUCGCUCCCUACGUCCUCGAGAAGAAGAAGGAGGAGCAGGGCGCAAUGUUUGUGGAAGAGUCGAGUACCUCCGAGGUGGAUUCGGAGACAGCAUUCCGGGCCAAGAUGUACAAAACCAAUGUGGCACCGCGUGCCAGAGGUACGACGCUUAGCACCAUUCAGCAAUCGAUUCUCAGCGAGGAGCAGCGCAACUCUGCCGUCUUAACGCAACAGAAGUUCCAAGUGCGAUUCGCCAACCUGAUCUCCGACUUCCGCAAUGUUUGCAUCAUCUAUCAGCUGCUGCAGCUCCAAGAGAUCCUGAAUGUUAUGAGAGAGUACCCACCGGCUGGCACAAAUCCCAAUGACACCAUCUUUGUGUGGUCCUAUCAGAACACCUUGAAGCGCUUCGAACAGCAAACGACCACCGUUUAUGUGGACAUUCUGGAGAAGAAUAGAACAGAAGCUACACUCGAUGACCUCAAGUUCUAUGUAGAUUUGGGUGAACUUAUCAAUCUGAUACAGGCCCUGUUGAAUGAUAUCAUUGCGGAUAGAAAUCUGUGCGAGGAAAAUGCAUUCAUGGAUCUUCUUAUGGACACCCAAGUGGACAUUGAUAAUGUAAUUGCCGUUCCCUAUGAAACCAUUAUGGCCGAACAUGACUCCUUGAAGGAGGAGAAUGCUAAGAAGAAAAUUAUUGGCAUCCAAAAUCCUCGAUUAGUGGCCAAAGAGCGUGCACUUAAAAAGGAGCGACAUCAGAUCGAUUAUUUGAGCCCCAUAGAGACUCGCUAUAAGGUUAAUUGGACCUAUGAUACUGUAGAGCAGGGACAAUAUAAAGAUUUUCUGCGCUGUAAGGUACUCACCGAUGAGCUGGAUAAAAUUGCCGAGCAGACAGCCAAGGACUCGGCGGUGUGGAAGAGCUGUCAAACGAAGUAUGUGAAUAUGAUCGAACAAUACAAGAGCCGCAUCAAUGCAGUGCAGGAGGCCUUCGACGAGGAUAUGGAAACUGCCGAGAAUAUGCUACAGGCCACCGUCAAUAAAGUGACCAAGUGCAAGGAGGAUCUCAAGGCGCAAAUGGAUCAGGUCGAGAUAUUCCGCAUGAAAAUCAAAGAGGUUCGCGAUAAGAUUGCCAUGGAGGCGGAGAAGGAACGUGCCCGUUUGUCAGCCGCCCGACCCUCGAAGAGAGCAUCCCAAAUAUUGGCCAAACAGAAACUACUCGCUAAGGAGGCCAAAUUGCAGGCAAAGCGGGACCUUCUUAAGGCCAAAAAGGAGGCUAAGGCACUGGCCAAACAGGAGAGGGCCUUGGAAAAGGCCAGAGAAGAAGCCAAGGAUGAAGAUUGAUUCCUCAACACUUUGCACAUUGAAUACGUUUACGUAACUCUGUAGUUAUAUAUACAUAUAUAAAAUGAAGUAAAGUAAAAAGUA